AUGGCUUUCAAAACUCUCGCCUCUCUCCUUUCGGUUCUGGUCAUCAUCCAGGUCGCAAGCGGCGCGCUCACCCGCCGUGUCGCCUGCCCCGACGGCGUGAACACCGCUACCAACGCGGCGUGCUGCCAGCUCUUCGCUGUCCGCGACGACAUCCAGCAGAACCUGUUCGAUGGCGGCGAGUGUGGCGAGGAGGUCCACGAGUCCCUCCGUCUGACCUUCCACGACGCCAUCGGCAUCUCUCCUUCCAUCGCCUCUCGCGGCCAAUUCGGAGGCGGAGGUGCCGACGGCUCCAUCGCCCUCUUUGAGGACAUCGAAACCAACUUCCACGCCAACCUCGGUGUCGACGAGAUCAUCGACGAGCAACGGCCGUUCAUCGCCCGCCACAACCUCACCACCGCCGACUUCAUCCAGUUCGCCGGCGCGAUCGGUGUCAGCAACUGCCCUGGCGCGCCCCAGCUGGACGUGUUCAUCGGCCGCCCCGACGCGACGCAGCCCGCGCCCGACCUGACGGUGCCCGAGCCGUUCGACACCGUCGACAGCAUCAUCGAGCGGUUCUCCGACGCGGGCGGCUUCACGCCCGCCGAGAUCGUCGCGCUCCUCGUGUCGCACACGAUCGCGGCGGCCGACCACGUCGACCCGAGCAUCCCCGGAACGCCCUUCGACUCGACCCCGGAGGAGUUCGACACGCAGUUCUUCAUCGAGACCCAGCUCCGUGGCACGCUCUUCCCCGGCACCGGCGGCAACCAGGGCGAGGUCGAGUCGCCCCUCCGCGGCGAGCUGCGCCUCCAGUCCGACUCUGAGCUCGCGCGCGACUCUCGCACUGCUUGCGAGUGGCAGUCCUUCGUCAACAAUCAGGCUAAGCUCCAGUCCGCGUUCAAGGCUGCCUUCCGCAAGAUGACCGUGCUCGGCCACGACGAGAGCCUGCUGAUCGAGUGCUCCGAGCUCGUGCCCACGCCCCCGCCCGCGACGAGCGUCGCGCACUUCCCCGCUGGCCUCAGCAACGCCGACGUCGAGCAGGCGUGCGCCGAGACCCCCUUCCCGACGCUCCCCACCGACCCCGGACCCGUCACCACAGUCGCCCCCGUGUAA